GUGAGUGAGGUUAUUACAUUAUGGGAAGCAGAGUGAGCCUCUUGAUCUUGUUCCUCGUUCUUUGUCAUAGCUUGUCAGUGACAAUGGGGCGGUUCUGGAGGAAAGAGGUGGAAGAGAGAGAAGAUCCAGACAAAUUGUUCUUGAUGCUCAAAUCCAAGCGCGUUGCCAAAACUGACGCUGGGGAGAUGAGAGUGCUCGAAAGCUAUGGUGGUAGGGUUUCGGAGAGAAGCUUGCACAUUGGUUUCAUCACUAUGGAACCAAGGUCCCUCUUCGUUCCUCAGUACCUCGACUCCACUAUGAUCAUAUUCCUGCGUUCAGGGGAAGCAAAGGUGGGAUUCAUAUACAGAGACAGGUUGGCAGAAAGGCAUUUGAAGAUGGGAGAUGUAUAUCAAAUUCCAGCAGGUUCUGCAUUCUAUCUGGUGAACAUGGAGGAUCAAAAGCUUGACAUUAUCUGUAGCAUUGACCCCUCUGAGAGCUUAGGAGUUGAUAUUUUCCAGUCCUUCUAUAUUGGAGGAGGAGCCCAUCCAGCCUCAGUCCUUUCUGGAUUCGAGCCUGAAAUCCUUGAAGCUGCUUUUAACGCAUCAGGAGCAGAGUUGAGAAAACUCUUCACUAGGCAAUACGAGGGCCCAAUUGUGCAUGUGGGCGAUUCACAUGCCACAAGCAUAUGGACCAAGUUCCUUGAACUUAAAGAGGAAGAUAAACUUGAGCACAUGAGGGAGAUGAUGCAAGAAGAAGAAGAGGAAGACGAAGUGGAGGAAGAGGAAGAAUCUGGUGAAGAAGAAGAGCAACAAACAAGAUGGUCAUGGAGGAAGCUGUUGGAAACUGUAUUUGGAGAUGAGGCGGUGAGGAGGGAGAAGGGUACUAGAAGACCCCCUCGCUCUUGCAACCUGUAUGAGCGAAAGCCAGAUUUCGAAAACAGGUAUGGCUGGAGCGUUGCUAUUGAUGGCUCUCAUUAUUUUCCACUCAAAAGGUCUGGCGUUGGGCUUUACCAUGUGAAUCUCUCAGCGGGAUCAAUGAUGGCACCCCAUAUGAAUCCAAGGGCAACAGAGUACGGCAUAGUGCUAAAAGGGACAGGGAGAAUCCAAAUAGUGUUUCCAAACGGAAGCAAUGCAAUGGACGCAGAGAUAAAAGAAGGGGACGUGUUCUUCAUUCCAAGGUACUUUGCGUUCUGCCAAAUGGCAUCAAGGGGUCAACCACUAGAGUUCUUCGGCUUCACCACCUCGGCUCAGAGGAACAGGCCACAGUUUCUUGUGGGUGCCACGUCACUGAUGAGGACCAUGCUGGGGCCCGAGCUUGCGGCUGCGUUUGGCGUCACCCAAGAAACCAUGCGACGCGUCGCCAAUGCACAACACGAAGCUCUGAUUCUACCCAUAACAUCAUCAUCAUCGGCUUCUCAUUCCCAUUUUCCUAGUGCUAGCUACUCAGAAUAACAUCCAACUUAACAUUCACCUUCUUUUUUUUUUUCUUUUUUUUUCUUUCCUCGCACCUUUUCUUAUCUAAUUUUAUGACAAUUGAGACCCUACGUAGUCAAUAAAGUCAACUGUUUUCAUUCACCUAAAUUAAUUGGUUUCUCCUUUCAAAGUUUAAACACUUACUAUUUACUUUUUUUUUUUUUUUGGGGUAAUAUUUACUAGUUAUUAUGCUCCCUC